AUGGAGGUAAUAUCGGAUCCUACAGAUGAGGAGUUUUUGAAGGAAAAUCCAGAUGAGGAUUUUGAAGUGAUGCUCAAAGAACAGGAGGAGGAAGCAUUAGCGGAUGCUGAGGAUUAUGGGGAAAUUGAGGAACAAAAGAAUGUAGAAGCGGCGGUGGAUGGAGUAGGUGGAGAGCAGGAAAAGAACAAAGGAAGCAACAAGAUGAGAAUGGCCACAGCACUACUUUCUCCACGAAAGCGAACCAUGACUAAAGGUGGAGCAAGACAUGGGGAUAAUAUCAAGCCACUGGACGGCAGAGGAAUCACCAUACCGAAGUCCGGACACUCGAAACCUUAA